GCGCGCUCCUGUUGCCUUCUUCCCUUUCUGUGAAGCGCGUUCCCGUUCCUCUCUGUCAGUCCGCCUGCUCGCCUCACGUGUUUUCUGUGUAUAAAAGGCUUCCAGUCUGCCCUCACCAUGUCCACUGUGUCACCAGACAAACGGAGAAAGAUGGAGUCUGCGCUGAACCAGCUGAAGAAACACACCGUGGUUGUGGCGGACACGGGGGAUUUUAACGCUAUUGAUGAGUACAAGCCUCAGGAUGCCACCACAAACCCCUCUCUUAUCCUGGCUGCUGCAAAGAUGCCAGCCUACCAGCACCUGUUGGAUCAGGCCAUCAAAUACGGCAUCGCCAAGGGAGGAACUGAAGAGGAGCAGGUAGCCAACACCAUGGACAAGCUAUUUGUGAGUUUCGGUCUUGAGAUCCUGAAGAAAGUCCCCGGCAGAGUCUCUACUGAGGUGGAUGCCAGGCUUUCUUUUGAUAAAGAUGAAAUGGUUGCUAAGGCCCUGAAGCUCAUCGCUCUCUACAAGGAGGCAGGCAUCACUGAGGAACGUGUGCUCAUCAAACUGUCCUCUACUUGGGAGGGAAUCCAGGCUGGCAAGGUGCUGGAGGAGAAGCAUGGCAUUCACUGCAACAUGACCCUGCUUUUCUCCUUUGCCCAGGCUGUGGCCUGUGCAGAAGCAAAGGUUACUCUUAUUUCACCCUUUGUUGGACGCAUCUUCGACUGGUACAAGGACAACACAGAUCGCAAAAGCUACGAGCCACACGAAGACCCAGGUGUAUUGAGUGUGACCAAGAUUUACAACUACUAUAAGAAGUUUGGCUACCGCACAGUGGUGAUGGGUGCCUCCUUCAGGAACACGGGUCAGGUGAAGGCUCUGGCAGGAUGUGAUCUGCUCACCAUCUCACCCGGGCUGCUGGCAGAGCUCAGCCAGGACCACAGCACCGUCACAGAGAUGCUCAGUUCAGAGAAAGCUCAGGCCUGUAAGCUGGAGAAGGUGCACAUGGACGAGAAGACUUUCCGCUGGGAGCACAACGAGGAUCGCAUGGCUGUGGAGAAACUGUCUGAUGGCAUCCGCAAGUUUGCUGCUGAUGCCAUCAAGCUGGAGACCAUGAUCAAAGAGAAAAUGCUCAGCGUGAAAAAUGGCCAGUAAUGAACAGAAGUGGCGUCUCUGGCUGCAGGGAAGGAAAAGUAUUCAGGGGGCUGCCUUCUUUAUCCCCCAAAAACCUGAAGGUCCAGACGGCCUUCAAUUUCCUCAUCUGACCAAACUACAGGACCGUCCUCCUGAAGGGACACCUCUCCUCUCUUCUGUCCUCGGCCGGGACUGACUCUUUGUUUUCUGACCAAACAUAGAAAGUGAUUGAUGCUAAUGUGAGUGUGGAGUAAUUGUGUAAAACAGACAAAUGUGUACUAGAAGUUUGUCCCUGUAGAAAAGAAGCUUUGCGACAAAAAUUUGUUGUAGCAGGACAUUUAUUGAUCAUGUGACUACUUGAAAAGACCAUGAGCACUUUCUGGAAGAGAGGACCACAGUUUUGCUAUCAACACCAUUGUACCAUCAUUCCUCAAAAUAUCACUUUUUGAUCUUUCAAUAAAUAAAAUCUGAGUUGAC